AUGGACUGGAUACAGUUCGAGGGAGGGCAUACCACCCCCGCUGCUGUACUGAGAUCUCUACUCUCAUUGAUUCUCAUCUAUGCAUUCACACUUGUCGUCAGCCGACUAUUCUUCCAUCCGCUUCGCAAAGUUCCAGGCCCCAGACUAGGCGCUCUGAGCAAGUGGUACGGCUUCUACCACAAUGUCAUCCGCGACGGCCAGUACAGUUUAUCAUUUGCAUCACUGCACAAGAAAUACAACUCCCCCGUCAUCCGCAUCGGCCCCAAUGCCGUCCACGUCCAAGACCCAGCAUUCUACCAGGAGAUGUUCUCCAUGACCACCAAAUACUACAAAGAACCGGACUUCUACAAAGCCCUCGGCGCCGAAGGCGCCAUGGCUUCAAUCCUCGACCCAAAACAACACCGGAUGUACCGAAACCAUUUGCGUCCGCUCUUCGCCAGCCGCGCCGUGGACAGCGUGAUUCCGCAGUUGAAGGUCGAGCUGGAGAAAGCGACGCGCAUUCUCAAAAUGCACCAUGCAGAGGAUCGGCCGUUGAAUAUCCAGUCGAUGUAUCGGGCCUUUACGUCGGAUAUGGUCUGUGAGCUGCUCUUCGGCGAAACGCCCAACUUCAUCGGCGACGGGGAUGGAUUCCAUCCGUUCGUGGAGGCGCUGGACAAAUUCACCGCGUUUUCGUGGCUCGUGGUAUAUUUCCCUUGGGUCAAAGCAAUCCCAUACGUCCUUCCCUUUGGCCUGGGCGACAAGCUUGCCCCGGAAUUCAACGACUUCAAACGCCAAUGCAAAGUCUGGGAAGCGGAAGCCCAGGCCAAGCGCCAGGCGGGUCUACAGUCCGAGCGUAAAAACCUAUUCGACUACUACGCGGAGCUCCUGGCAGGUCCCGAGACCGCCGUCAGCGCCGUGGCCCAGCCCGCCGAGGACGCGUUCAAUUUCCUGACGGCGGGAACGGAGUCGACGGCGUAUACUCUGUCCUGCACACUAUUCCAUAUCCUCAAUAACCCGGAGGUCUUCAAGACUCUGCGCAAGGAACUGCACGAGGCGGAGGAGUUCAUACGAUAUGACUUCGAUGCGAAACGUAUUCAGGCGUUGCCGUACUUGGGAGCUAUUAUCAAAGAGACUAUGCGAAUUUCGACGGCGGUGCCGGGCAAUCUGCCGCGGAUGGUGCCGCCGGGGGGCGUUACUGUGGGCUCAGUCUUUUUGCCUGGAGGGACUGUCGUCUCCUCCAGCCACCUCUCCAUCAUCCACAACGAGACCAUCUUCCCCUCGCCGCACAAAUUCGUCCCGGAGCGCUGGCUCGGCGACAAUGGCAAAGAUCUCGAGAAAUGGCAUGUUGGGUUUAGCCGGGGUCCGCGGCGGUGCAUUGCGGCCAGCCUUGCGUAUCUCGAGCUAUUUUGUGUCACCGCGUAUGUGUUCUCGCGGUAUGAGAUGACCUUGUUCGAGACGACCGACAGCAGCAUGCAGUGGGUGGACCGGAUCAGUGCAAGGAAUAAAGAGGAUGUGCAGGUUAGGAUUGUGGCCGAUCGGUGGGCGACGUUGUGCAAGGAGGAAUAG